AUGAACCGUAAUAUCUGGAAAUGGUAUCUAACAGCUGAUCUAGGAUCUCAUUGGUUUUGCAGUUCUCGAAGUAUGGGUUUGUCCCACGGAAUAAAUCACUUUGUGGACUACGAAGUGGCCAAUGCCCAAUUGGCGUUGGUCUCUGAGUCGACCGAUCAAAGUAGUUUCCUGGCUGGUGUCACCUCAUCAGUAGGUUCCUUGGCUGGCGACAUUGUAUCCAAAUGUUUUCUUUGUAAAGACCCUCAGGGAUGGGGCCCUGUAUCUGAGUCUCAAUUCAGUUUGACACCUUGCUUUGUUGAUGGUGUUGUAUUGAAUUUUCCAAACUUACUGUUGUUAACAUUGGGAAGUUACCAAGUUCAUCAGCUUUUAAAGCAAAAGCCAAUGUCGACCCGAUGGGAUUGGAAGUUUGUUACAAAGCUGACUCUUGUUAGUAUCCAAAUUGUCCUUUAUCUAAUAGCUGCUUAUUACAGCUUAUUGUCAUCAAGCGAUCCAUUGCAAGAUAUCGCUGUUUUGUCCCCGAUCAUUUCAGUGGUUUCUUUGGGCGUUGCCUUCUCACUGCAUGUUAUUGAAAACUCCAGAACCAAUAUUCCAAACGGUGUCCUGCUGUUUUAUUGGUUAUUGUCGCCUGUCAUGCUUGUCUUCAAGAUUUAUGAUUUGUAUAUUAGUGACUCCUUCGCUGAUCCCCACACCAGGACUUACAGUGUUCUAUUUGUGCUUGCUGCUAUUAACGGUAUAAAUAUUUUGUUUGUCGAAAGAUUGUUUCACCGUUACAGAUAUUCUUGUGACGUUUUGUUAGAUGAACUUGAGCAAAAGAGUCCAGAAGAAAAAGCUGAUAUUUUUGCGCAGUUGACAUUCACUUGGAUGACGCCUUUGAUGAAGCAAGGUUACAAGGCUUAUCUUACUGAGGAAGACUUGCCACCUCUUCCCGCAUCAAAUGCUACUACUAAGACUGCUGAUAAGUUUGAAAAGUACUGGAAUCGUGAAGUCCAAAAGAAAACGAACCCUUCAUUAACUAAAGCUCUUGCCCGAGCGUUUGGAGGCACAUUUAUGGUAGGUGGAGUUUUCAAAGCGAUUCAAGAUAUCCUUUCUUUCACACAGCCUCAGUUGUUAAGACUUUUAAUUCAAUUUGUGAAUGAUUAUAAUUCUUCUGAAGCUGGAACUGUGCCUUUGAGUAAGGGCUUUGCCAUUGCAGCUGCCAUGUUUAUUGUUUCAGUGAUGCAGACUAUUGCCCUUCACCAGUACUUUCAGAGAGCCUUUGGAACUGGUAUGAGACUGAAGUCUAGUUUGACCUCUGCUAUUUUCAAGAAAUCUUUGGUGCUUUCCAACGAAGACAGAUCGCAAAAGUCAACUGGUGAUAUUGUGAAUUUGAUGUCAGUUGAUACACAACGAUUGCAAGAUCUUUGUCAAUAUGGCCAGACAAUCUGGUCUGGACCCUUCCAAAUCAUUCUUUGUUUGGUUAGUUUGUAUAAUAUUCUCGGAAACUCAAUGUGGGCAGGUGUAGCCGUCAUGGUUAUUAUGAUUCCUAUCAACUCAUACUUGGCAAACAUUCAGAAAGAGUUACAGAAGCGUCAAAUGAAGAAUAAGGAUCAAAGAACUAGACUCACCUCUGAGAUUUUGACCAAUGUGAAGAGUUUGAAACUUUAUGGAUGGGAAUUACCGUUCAUUUCAAAAUUAAACCAUGUUCGUAAUGACCUGGAAUUGGUUACCCUCAAGGAAAUUGGUUUGUUCUCGGCUGCAACUUCUUUUUUGUGGAAUUGUGCUCCUUUCUUUGUUUCUUGCUCAACCUUUGCUCUAUUCGUUUUUACUCAAGAUCGUCCUCUCACUACUGAUAUUGUGUUCCCAGCAUUAACCUUGUUUAACCUUCUCAGUUUUCCAUUGGCUGUUAUUCCAAUGGUUGUCAGUGCUAUGGUUGAAGCUUCUGUUGCUAUUGGAAGAUUGACUUCGUUCUUGACUUCUGAGGAACUUCAACCAGAUGCUGUUGACAGACUCCCCAGGGCUAACCAGAUGGGCGAGGAAGCUGUCAUGGUCAAGGCUGGUACCUUCCUCUGGGAGCGCAAGCCUGAGUAUAAGAUUGCUCUAGCUAAUAUCAACUUCAGUGCCAAGAAAGGUGAAUUAGCAUGUGUUGUUGGUCGUGUCGGUGCAGGCAAGUCAUCCCUUUUGCAAGCUAUCCUAGGUGAUCUCUACAAAGCCGAGGGUCACGUCACUGUAAAAGGAAAGGUCGCUUAUGUUGCCCAAGUUCCUUGGAUUAUGAAUGCUACUGUGAAAGAAAAUAUUUUGUUUGGAUGCAAGUUUGAUCCAGAAUUCUAUCAGAAGACUGUAGAAGCCUGUGCUUUGACUGAUGAUUUUGCUAUUUUGCCCAAGGGUGAUGAGACCCAAGUAGGUGAGAAGGGUAUUUCUUUGUCCGGUGGCCAAAAAGCUAGACUUAGUUUGGCUCGUUCUGUUUAUGCUCGUGCUGAUGUGUACCUCUUAGAUGACCCCCUCUCUGCUGUUGACGAGCACGUUGGACGUCAUAUUAUUGAUAAUGUCUUGGGACCUGAGGGUUUGUUGGCUAGCAAGAGUAUCGUCCUUGCAACCAACUCUAUUCCGGUUCUUUCUCAAGCUGAUACUAUUACAAUGUUGUCUGCUGGUCGUAUUGUUGAGUCUGGAGAGCUUGCUGAAGUUAUGAGCACUAAGGGCGCCAUUUACUCAUUGAUAUCCGAUUUUGGCAAGAAGCCUCGUGCCACUGUCAGUGAUGCUAGUUCUCGAACUGCUCUGGAAGAAGGCUCAAGUGAGCCCUCAUCUGCUGUUCCUUCAGCAGCUCCCAGUGAACUGAAUUUGACUCAUAUUCUAGACAAGAAGAGACGCCGUGAAAGUACCCAUACUUUACGUAGAGCCAGUAUCGCUAGUUUUACGAAGCCAAGUAUUGACGAUGAAGAUGGUGAUAAGGAAGAGAACAAGGAGCAUUCUGAGCAAGGUAAAGUUAAGUGGGAUGUAUAUAUCGAAUAUGCCAAGGCCUCAAAUAUUUUUGGUGUUCUUACGUUUUUGGUUAUGCUGUUGGUAUCCACUGGAUUGUCAGUUGGAGGUAAUGUUUGGCUUAAGCACUGGUCAGAAGUUAAUACCGGUUCCCACACCAACCCCCAUGUUGGUAUGUACCUUGGUAUCUAUGCAGCUUUUGGUAUUGGUUCAGCUUUCCUCAUGCUUAUCCAAACUGUAGUUUUGAUGAUUUACUGUGCUAUUCAUAGUGCCAAGAAGCUGCAUGAUGGUAUGCUAAAUGCUGUUAUUAGAGCACCAAUGUCGUUUUUCGAGACCACUCCCCUUGGACGUAUCAUUAACAGAUUUUCCAAUGAUGUCUAUCGUGUUGAUCAAAUCCUUGCUAGAACGUUUUCGCAGUUCUUUGCGAACUCCGUCAAAGUGUUGUACACACUUCUUGUUAUUACGUUUUCAACUCCCCAGUUCUUGUUGUUCGUUGUUCCACUAGGCGCACUGUACGUCUAUUACCAGAGAUACUAUCUCCGUACCUCGCGUGAACUAAAGAGAUUGGACAGUGUUUCCAAGAGUCCCAUUUAUGCGCACUUUCAAGAGACUCUUGGUGGUAUCAGUACAGUUCGUGCCUAUGACCAACAGACUAGAUUCAGUUUCAUCAAUGAAAGCAGACUGGAUAUUAACCUGAAGGCUUACUAUCCUACUAUUAGUGCUAAUAGAUGGCUUGCAGUUCGUCUUGAAUUCAUUGGUUCGUUUAUUAUCUUGGCUGCUGCCGGAUUAGGUAUUGGCACUUUGCCCACAGGAAGAUUAACAGCUGGUAUUAUUGGCUUGGCUAUGUCAUAUGCUCUUCAAAUUACUCAAUCAUUAAAUUGGAUUGUUCGUAUGACAGUGGAGGUGGAGACUAAUAUAGUGUCGGUUGAACGUAUAUUAGAGUACAGUCGUCUCGAUAGCGAGGCUCCUGAAGUCAUUGAGAACAACCGACCAGCUGCUACUUGGCCCACUGAAGGUGCUGUUGUGUUUAACGAUUAUUCAGUUAGAUACAGGCCCGGCCUUCCCUUGGUGUUGAAGAACAUCAAUUUAGAUAUUAAACCUAGAGAGAAGAUAGGUAUCGUGGGAAGAACUGGUGCAGGAAAAUCAUCGUUGACUUUAGCAUUAUUUAGAAUCAUUGAAGCUGCUGGCGGUCAUAUCGACAUUGACUCUGUCGACACCAGCUUGAUCGGUCUGCGUGACCUGAGACACAGACUUUCUAUCAUCCCCCAAGAUUCACAGGCAUUUGAGGGUACCAUUCGGGAUAAUAUCGAUCCAGAAGGCGUACAUGAUGACACAGAGCUAUGGAGAGUGCUUGAACUUUCGCAUCUCAAGACCCAUGUUCAGGCAAUGUCAGAUGGCCUUGAAUCUAAAGUCAACGAGGGUGGAUCCAAUCUCUCGGUUGGACAAAGACAGCUGAUGUGUCUUGCUAGAGCAUUAUUAACACCGUCGAAGGUCUUAGUUCUUGAUGAAGCUACGGCUGCAGUCGAUGUGGAAACAGACCAUGUCAUCCAGGAGACAAUUAGGAACGAGUUUAAUGACCGAACGAUUCUAACCAUUGCUCAUCGUCUCAAUACCAUUAUGGACAGCGAUCGAAUCGUUGUCCUAAGUGCGGGUGAGGUGGCAGAGUUUGAUUCUCCUGAAAAACUCUUGCAGAAUAAAGACUCGAUGUUCUUCUCGCUCUGUAAGCAAGGAGGCUUUGUCGAGGAAUGA